UAUGCAAUCUGUAAUUAAACAUGCAAAAACACCACUAUAGAUAUUUGGUGGUUUUACUGGCUGCUUUAAAGUAGCUCCAACCACAAAAUGUAGAAGAACAGUUACAAUCUGUAGGUGCAUGUUUUCUUAAUUUUGUUAUAGGGGAUGGGCUCACCUCUUCGUACACCUCCCUGACGGCGGCCCCACAGGGCUCCUCCUCAGGCUCCAUUCCUCCUCCUGGCACGAUCCAUUGCUCUGGAUGUCGACUGCUGCUCACCAGUAGCACCUGCCAAGGAGAAAGGUCUUCGUCAGGUGUCUGCUGCCGAACCUGCGGUGCCAAAAACACGGCAACGGCAUGCCCAGGUUCAGAGUCCGGCACUGCUCUCAGUGGAGAGCACACUGCUACCUGGCAUGUUUAGUUAUCAUGACUGCCUGCUCUGGACCGGUUUCACCCCUUCAUGCUCCUCCAGUGACAACAGGUCUCCGGUCUGCUUUCUCUGCCACACAAACCAACAGCAUAGUGGGAGGCAAGCAGAAGGCAGUGACAUUCAACAGACUCGUGGUCAACGUAGGGGGGGAUUUCAAUCCAGACUCCGGUCACUUCCGAUGCCGCAUCCCUGGGGCUUACUACUUCUCCUUCUCCGUGGGGAAAUUUCCAAAGAAAAUGCUCUCUGUGAUGCUGGUGAAGAAUGGAGAGGAGGUACAGGCUAUAGCAUAUGACGACUACCGCAAGAAAGGAAGGAAAGUUGAAAGUCAAAGUGUGAUGAUCACUUUGAAGGAAAUGGACAUAGUGUGGCUGCUUUUACAGCAGAGUCCCCAGUAUGCUUUGUACAGCAACGCUGGCCCUUACAUCACCUUCUCUGGUUACCUUGUGUAUCCUGACAUCUCCCCAACCAGCUACAUCACCAACCACCUGUCCCCACCAGGGCUGUCUUACCCAAACUGUCCCCCUCACGCUGACCCCUGGGCCAGAGGUCAAACCUCAGAGCAGCCACGGUCUGCCUUCUCUAUGGCACGGACAUCCACACUCAUAGGUCAGAGUAGCAGGCAGCAGUACAAGUUACCUCUGACCUUUGAUGUGGAAUAUGUUAACAUUGGGGGGCAUUUCAACAAAACCUCAGGCUUGUUCACUUGCCACUUCCCGGGUGCAUACUUCUUCUCCUUCACUGUGGGGAAACACCCCCGCAAGGCUGUUUCUGUGAAGCUGAUGACGGGGAAGGGCGAGGUGCAGGCCAUGGUGUUUGAUGAGGACACGUCGAAGAGAAGGGAGAUGCAGAGUCAGAGCUUGCUGCUGUCUCUCCGCCGGGGCGACAGUGUGUGGCUGUAUAGUCAGCAGGAUGAGCGUUAUGCCGUCUAUAGCAACCAGGGGAGGUACACCACAUUUUCUGGCUUCCUGGUUUAUCUUGAAGCAGAAACACUCACACCUCCCACCACACAGGACAGAACUCACCUCUAAAUGUCUUUACCCUUCAUGGUGUCCUGUCUAAAUAAAAUAAAGUACAAAAUUCCAGGGCUAACAUGUGUUACCAGAUUACUCCAUAAGAUGGUGCUAUGAUACAAUUGUGGACACUAACCAGCAUGCAACUUGGUUAGAUUUGUCCUAAAAGUGCAAUUAGCUGCAAGACAUCACAAAUAUGAAAACUUCUUGAUUAAGUCAUAAGUUUUUGUUUGCAGAUACAUUUACUUUUAUUUACUUUUUAAAUUCUUUGCAUUUAGAAUAUAUAUAUGUUUUACUACGGAAAAAUGGAAAAAUGGAAAAAUGUGUAAAUGAUGUAUAGUUUAUUAACAUUUACUUACUGUAAAAAUAAGAUUUAGAGUUACAUCAUGGUCAU